AUGGUCAACGACGCCAAAUCCAAGAAGCCCAAGGGGAAGCCCAUCACCCUGAAGAUGGCGCAGAACUGUGUGGAGCAGACACUGGAUGGGAAGCGCUGUCUGAAUCUGAGUUUUAAAGAGAUCACCCAAGUGCCCAAGAGCAUCCAGAAGCUCAGUGAGGUGGACCAGCUGGACCUGAGCCGCAAUCUCAUCCGCAAGAUGCCCGACUUCAUAGAGUGCUUCGCCACCAUCACUGUGCUCGACCUGCAUAGUAACUACCUGGGGGAGGUCCCGGUCACCAUCGGCCGCCUUCAAAACCUGGUUCUUCUAAACCUGUGCAACAACCGCCUGACCUUCCUGCCAGACGAGAUGGGCCUCCUCAAAAAACUCCUCACUCUGAACCUGGGCUUAAACCAACUGGACUCUCUACCAGCCUCUAUUGGCAACCUGAAGGAACUGCGCCACCUAGGCCUGUCUGACAACCGCUUCACCCAGCCCCCCCGCUGCCUCACCCGCCUGGAGAAUCUGCAGAGGGUCAACCUGGAGCGCAACCCCCUGAGCCUUGCGCAGACACAGGAGCACCCUCCACAGGAAAUCAUAGCAGUAACAUCCAAACACUACAUGGUGACGGAGAACCAGCUGUGUGAAGACUGUCUGAGGAGGUGUCAGAAUGAGAAGAGCAAGCUAAAGGAAGAAGAGGAGCAGCUC